AUGCUGUUCUCCAAAGCACUGCUCAUUGCUGUGAGAGCUUCCCUUUUGUCCCCCAGUCUCAUUCACUUCACAUCCUCCAAAUGCUGUGCUGAAUGAGCAGAGAUCUUGUGUUGUUGCUGCUUAUCUGCCCCUGGACAGAUGAGCCUUUGGUAAGAGGAGAGCUGGAAGACUGUGCUACAAUAUAUACAUAAAUGGCAGCUGAAUGACUCCUCCAUUGAUGAUGACAUUUCUUGUGUAUACACUUAGCAUUGAAACUUGCGUUUCCUAUAAAAAGGACCUGUUUUAAUUCCAAUGCCUGCUUUUUUCCCAAAGCAAACUUCAGAAAUAGGUUGCAGCAUUGAACCACCCACAAUGGUGAUAAAUGCAAAUCUCUGACAUUUUAGCAAUUAAAGUAACAAAAUAACGGUAAAUGAUCAUUUUCUGAGAACUCAAAUGAGAACUUGAUCUUGGUGGGAAGGAGUUUGUCAGCAAGCCUGUGAUAUUUGCUGUUGGCAAAAGGAUUGCAGAAUCGGAAAUACAGUGUUCUGUUCCAGCUGUGAUGGCGUGAAUACUGUAAUUGUUUUCCACUCAUUCCCCAGCAAAAGCAUGUCUUAUAUUUUUUACCCCUUCUACUGUUGCCCCAGCCGCUUGGCUCCUCUCAGCCCCUUGCCCAAGCACUUUCCCUCCACCAGUUAGAUCCUCAUUGCACUGAUUUUUAAUUCCCACUGCUGCUUCCUAAUCCCAGUCCCCUCCUUUUGGCUCAGCACUCUGCUCCCAGCCUACCUCUCCAUGCCCUCCUGAUUUCCAGAGGUUUCCAUUUGCAUCCUUCUUACAGUUCCCAGUCUUCCUGCAUUUUCAUUAAGUCCCUUCCUGGGUUUGGCUCUCACAAGCCAGAACUAGACAUCGUCUCCCUCUGGCUGCCGGGAGGGAUGGACAAGCAGAGCAGUCUCCGGUGAGCCCUGCUGCUGGCUUGUGACUUUCUGGAGGUGGCACAUAGAAUGGUUUGGGUUGGAAGGGACCUUUAAAGGUCAUCCAGUCCAACCUCCUGCAAUAAGCAGGGUCAUCUUCAACUUGAUCAGGUUGCCUAGAGUCCUGCCCAACCUGACUGUGAAUGUUUCCAGGGAAGGAGCAAUUCAUUACCUCUCUAGGCAACCUGUGUCAGUGUUUCAGCACCUGCACUGUAAAAAAUUCCUUCCUUAUAUCUAGCCCAAAUUUACCCUCUUUUAGUUUAAAAUGAUGGCAGAAGUUGGGGUAAAAUGAGGUUUUUGCCCUGCGUGGGAUGGUGGCUUGUGUACAAAGGAGCUGCAGGAGGAUGAAAUGUUCUCAGUGAGGCUGUAAUCUGAGAUUUUUAGUAACUAACAAAAGCCUUAAGUGUGAACAAACUGGUAUUUUUUUCUCUUCUUCUCCCACUCAGGCUUAUACCUUGGACAAAUUCCGGCACAUUUUUGUAUCGUGACAACAUAUCUAAGAUCUAGCACUUUCUUCCAUAUGAAAUCUUUCUUCCAAGAAGAGAAAUGUUUUUGAUUUUUUAAAGAAAAAGUAGUAAUCUACCUAUAUGAGAGCUUUUUCUUAUCCUCAUUUUUGGAACUCUUUUGGCUGAAAUUUUCUGUCAAGGGGGAAAAAAAAAAUCAGUCCAAAGCUGACAGUGCAGAAGGGAAGUUUUACUUUUGCUGGUUGAAAUGUGUCAAGGUUUUAAAUAACCCAACUCAGGCUCUCAUAGCGGGAAGCGUUGGCAGCUGUAAAUAUAUAGUUACAUCCAACAGGUUAAUACAGUCACUAUGCCAGUACUUUCAUUAACGUAAAUAACUUCAAACGCUCUCUAUUUUAAUACCUAUGUGUAGUAGUACUGCAGUAGAGGUCGGGGAUGUAUCUGAGCACCUUGCCAUCAAGUGACCUCAUGCUCAGGCUGUUUUUUUCCGGAGUGGUGGCAGGAGGUUGGCAUUGCCAACGGGUUGGGUUUGUGUAUGCAUGCUGAAGGCUGUGCAUGCUGAAAGCUCUGCAAAAGUUCCCCUGUUAAAAGGAGAAAUAUCGUUCAGCUUUUCCAAAGAAGAAGGAAACUUAGAAAAGAUGACUUUGUGUCCUCUCACUCCAGUGGAUAUCAAAUCGCUCCCACUGUUUGGAAAUGCCUCCGUCUACACGUGUUUGCGUGUAGUUCAUGGCCUUCUUCUUGGUGCAGUGCUGUUUUGCUAUUGGAAGACAUGAUGAAAUACUUUUAGUCUAGAAAAUAAAUAAAUAAAAAAUUUAGAACUUGCCAUUUUAUGAGCAUGAGGAGAUGAAAAUGAGCUGUCCUGAGCCUUUUCUUGCCUUGAUGGCAGUGCUCACCGAGGGGCCAGUGGUGCCUUAGGUUGCAUCUUCUCACUUCUUCGUUGGUUAACACUGUUUUAAUGUGGAAGUAGAAGUCAAUUUUUUGCCGUUAUGCAGCUGCUGUUCUUCGUAUUUGAUAUAGCUUACUGAAUUACAUUUAAGCAUCUAUGAAUCACCUCAAAUCCAAAACACAGUCACACGUGGAAGGAUAUAAAGUGCACUUCUGUUAUUAAUUGGUGUUGAGAGUUUUGCUGUUUUUCACAGCAAAGAAGAAUCUGAAGUUACCCUGUGGCUUAGACAAUAAUCAGUUUUCUGUAGAAAAGACGUGAUGCUGUUUCAUAGAUUCUCCUACUUUGGAAGCCUCCCUUUUGCAAGUUAGUAAGAAAGCCAUUAAAUUAAUUCCAUGCAAUGACUUGUAUUGCUGCCGUGAAUAUCGCUGGGCCAGACUGGUCAGAGAAGUAUUAUGGCAAGGUGCUUGCCUUGAGUUUUGGGCAUGGAGGACAGAGUUGAGAGGAGCAGCUUCCAUUCAGAUGCUCAUUAUCAGUGUAGUUCAACCCAGAUCUCAAGGUUCUUGUUGCCAGACAAGGAACUGAUGGUGAUCCAUAAGUACUUGUGUGUGAAUUGGCAAUAGGGAAUAUUGCGGGGUGUGGUGAGUGUGUUCUUAUCUUGAGAGCUUGAACGUGUUUCUUCCAUGGCAGCACUUUGUAGAAUGAAGAAUGGUGACUUAAUGUUAGGUUUGCUACUAAAGAAGCCAGGCAGUGCUUACAACUUGUGAAUUCAACAUUAAUUGAGUAAUUUAAUUUCCCUACCUAUUUCCAAGCCUCAAGGAGAUGUAAGCUGUCAGGGGAAUAAGAAGAAACAGGGAUAGUUUUGUGUGUAUUUUGUUUAAAUUUUGGACAGCUGAAAGAAUGGUUGCAAAUCAACCCAUGCAUUUCCUUGAGUCAUAAAAUGCCAUUUAAUAUAUGUUGUUUGUUAGCUUAUACUGCAUUUAUAGAAAUCUCUCACAGCUAUUUGUGUUGUUUGCAAUAACCUUUCAAAAUGUUAUGAAUGCUUGUUGUUAUUUUGGGGGUUUAAUUUCAGUUGGGGUGUUCUUUAUAGCUUCUUUUGUUUUCUUACCCUCUCCCCAAGUAGUUAGUACAGAUGAUGUGUUAUCAGUAAAUGUUUUCCACAGUGAGUAGUGACUGGCUGUUGGAUCUGGACAUACAGUUGAGUUUAUCUUCUGUAAAUCAAAUGCACACCUCCUGCAUACAAUACAUUUCUUCUGGGUGUUUUGGUCAACCUAAACUAGUAUGUUCUCUUUCUUUUUUCUUCUGAGAGUAAAUUAGCUCUUUCACUCACAGCAACUUCCAUCACUCACAGACCUAUCGCUUUAGUCUUUUUCGAGGUUUCAUUUCACUGUGGCUCCACUUCUGGCUUGCUGUCCUUCACGGUCGCUGAGUUUUUCUUUGUCCAGUCUCCCGACUACAUGUUUUAGUUAUCUUGCAGCGCUCUGAGCAAGUGAUUUUGAGAGCAGUUGGAGGUAUGGCGUGCACCACUUCCUGCCGCUCUGCAGUCCGUGCGGCUGGCGUGCAGCUAGCCUGGUCACCAUCUGCUUGCAUGUGGGACGUGCCAUCACAGCCAGGCUGCCCUCUGCUUCUGAGAAUGCAUUGGAGUUUGCAGUUCUUGGUUUGCAAAAUGCCUUGCAGAUAAGGUUGAGACUGUCCCUGAGCUGCCCCGGAGAGCAAAAAGUGUGUGGAUGUGGAUGCUCCACUGAUAUAUCUUGGUUUCCUUUAAUGGAGAAGGAAAGACCAGUUUGAGCCUGGCCUGUUUUCUAGUAUGGGUUGCAUGAUGUGCCUGUUGGAGUGACAGGUGAAAAAGGGCUGUAAUUGAAGUACAAGAUGGCAAGAACCAGCCACAGCAACUAUGUGCUUCAGCAGCUAAACAACCAAAGAGAGUGGGGCUUUCUGUGUGACUGUUGUAUUGCUAUCGAUGAUAUUUAUUUUCAAGCACAUAAAGCAGUUCUUGCUGCGUGCAGCUCCUAUUUUAGGAUGUUUUUUAUGAACCAUCAACACACUACAGCCCAGCUGAAUUUAAGCAACAUGAAGAUUAGCGCUGAAUGCUUUGAUCUGAUUUUACAGUUCAUGUAUUUAGGAAAAAUUAUGACAGCCCCUGCCAAUUUUGAGCAAUUUAAAGUGGCCAUGAACUAUUUGCAGCUAUAUAACGUUCCUGAAUGUCUAGAAGAUAUACAGGACACAGACUCAUCUAGUUUAAAAUGUUCAUCUUCUGCUUCUAGUACCCAAAAUAGUAAAAUGAUAUUUGGCGUGAGAAUGUAUGAAGAUGCGCUUGCUAGAAAUGGCAGCGAAGCAAACAGGUGGGGCAUGGAGCCACCAAGUUCAACAGUAAACACAUCCCAUAACAAAGAGCCUGACGAAGAAGCUUUACAGAUAAACAGCUUCCCUGAACAACUGUUUGAUGUCUGCAAAAAGACCACCACAUCCAAGUUCUCUCACACAAAAGAACGCGUGUCACACUCGCGCCGUUUUGGAAGAAGCUUCACCUGCGACAGCUGCGGGUUUAGUUUUAGCUGUGAAAAGCUACUGGAUGAGCAUGUGUUAACGUGCACUAACAGGCAUUCUUACCAAAGUGCCAGGUACUACAGCACUGAAAAAACAGACUUUAGCGAAAAGGACUCUACUUCUAAAAUAAUCUCCACGCAAACAGAAAAAUACAAGGGGGACUCGAGCCAGCCAGCGGACGGCUCUUCAUCUCCUGUGUCAAACAUCACAAGCAGAAAAAGCAGCACGGUUGCCCCCGAGACAUCAGGUGAAGAAGGAAGUAGAGCCUCUGAAAGGAAGAGGAUUAUCAUCAAGAUGGAACCAGAGGACAAUCCUGCAGAUGAGCUGAAGGAUUUUAAUAUUAUUAAGGUGACAGAUAAAGACUGCAAUGAAUCUUCUGACAACGACGACCUAGAUGAUGAACAGGAAGAGCCGCUUUACAGAUACUAUGUUGAGGAAGAGAUCAGGGAGAAGAGAAAUGCUCGGAAGACUUUAAAACCCCGUUUGUCCGUGGAUGAGGAUGAAAGAAAGUGUUUGAAAAGUCCGCGGCACCUUAACAGGAAGGCUCCUUCAGUACAGGAAGACGUGGAGAAUGCUCCCUGUGAACUUUGUGGGCUAACAAUCACCGAGGAAGAUUUGUCCUCUCAUUAUUUAUCCAAACACAUAGAAAAUAUAUGUGCUUGUGGCAAAUGUGGUCAAAUACUGGUCAAAGGCAAGCAGCUACAGGAUCAUGCGCAGACCUGUGGAGAACCCCAGGAUCUGACCAUGAAUGGUAUCCGAAAUCCUGAGGAGAAAAUGGACUUGGAAGAAAACCCCGAGGAGCAGUCGGAAAUAAGGGACAUGAUGUUUGCAGAGAUGCUAGAGGACUUCAGGGAUGGUCACUUCCAAAUGAACAGCCUUCAAAAAAAACAGUUAUACAAGAAUUCUGCAUGUCCUUUCCGAUGCCCCAAUUGCGGUCAGCGUUUUGAAACUGAAAACUUAGUGGUUGAACAUAUGUCAAACUGCCUGGAGCAAGAUCUAUUCAAGAACUCCAUGAUGGAAGAGAACGAGAGGGAUCACAGACGUAAGCAUUUCUGCAAUCUUUGUGGGAAAGGAUUUUAUCAGCGUUGCCACUUGCGGGAACACUAUACCGUUCAUACCAAGGAAAAACAGUUUGUUUGUCAGACAUGUGGGAAGCAGUUCUUAAGAGAGCGCCAGUUGCGGCUCCACAAUGAUAUGCACAAAGGCAUGGCCAGGUAUGUCUGUUCCAUUUGUGAUCAAGGAAACUUCCGAAAACAUGACCAUGUACGGCAUAUGAUAUCUCACUUAUCAGCUGGAGAGACUAUAUGCCAGGUCUGCUUUCAGAUAUUCCCAAAUAAUGAGCAACUGGAGCAGCACAUGGAUGUUCAUCUGUAUACAUGUGGAGUAUGUGGAGCAAAAUUUAAUUUGAGGAAAGAUAUGAGAUCUCACUAUAAUGCCAAGCAUUUGAAAAGAACAUAAGCGUAAACAUACUGUUAAAGCAUUAAGCUGGCAGCAGAGAGAACACCAAAGCAAGGCGUACAGUAUAGUAGACAAAAAUUGAAAAACAAUAAAAAAUUGAGAAUAAGUCUCUUUUUUUAUUAUUUUUUUAAGACCCUCCUAACCAUAGGUGUCUAUUUAGGCUUAUUAAGUAUAUAGCUUUGAAAAGCAUUAUGUGUUUAAGUAUUACAUUUUCACUGUUUCCUAAUAUCAGUUUCUGUUCUUAAUUUUAUUGUUUUACUAAGUAGAUAUACAAAUCAUUAUUUUUAAACUGUAGAUUAAAAGCACAAUGUUACCCCUUCACUGACUGCUAUUAAACAGUUCUCAGAUCCAUGUCCAUUAAGAUGAGUGCUUUAAUAUUUCCACGUGUUAUUUCUUCAUGUGAAAAUUUUAGAUCACAGCGAUUAACGUGCAAGAGCAUAACUGUUCAUAAUCCUCAGUUAAUUUUCAAAAUGAAAAAAAAACCAUGAAUACCAAGAAAUAAUCCUUUGCUUUUUGACUUGGCUGUAAGGGCAGGGCUGGCUGUCCUGGUCCUCUGCUCCUUGGUUUCGUUGGAACCUGUAUCCCAGGGGUGAGAGCGCGUAGGGUCAGUUAAACUUUGCAGACUUGGACUGGUGUGCACAAAGGGAGAGGGAGUUGGUGACUGUUGGGAUAACCAAGGAGUUCCCAGCAGAGCGGUCUUUUUCCAGACUUGAAGUCCUAGGAGAACUGUACAACGGACUUUGGCCUUUCAUUUUCUAUCUGUACCGACGUGGGUGUGUAUAACCUACUUGUUCUGAUACACAAGGGAAGAGUGGCUGUGGUGGGUUGCUAGGAAUGCGGAACGGUGAUGUGCACUGAAGACUGCGUUUCUCAGCCUAGCUGUAAAUGGUGCCUUGCUGCUUGUGUUGGAAAGUUAAAAAGUGGGAUGGGUGUGAAGAUAGUCCCAUUGCUUGGGUGGGGA